AUGUGCGUCUCCGGCCCUGGAACGUGGGCCACAAAAAGAGGCCCAGAGGGAAGUAUAUUGCUCUGCAGCCAACCAUCCAAUGCGCCUCACGGCAUCGUUGAUGACAGCCACUCACUUUCUUCCUCGCGCCGUCACAGUGAGGUUUCCCAAGGGCGGGAAGGCAAAUAAACGAG